AGUUCCUUGGGAUUGAACUCUAAGGAAGGAAAAUAUCUGCUGCAUCCAUACCUACUGGACCAUUGGGGGUGAGGGGCAGGAGAUGAUCAACAAAAUGGAUCCUGGAUAACUUCCUGAUCCCAGUUCUGCAAUAGCAAUGUUGGAGGUCCGGACAAUACAGUCCUUGCUGGGUGUCGGGGUGAAGCUUACUCAAACUGACUUGAAUACCGAAGGGAAGAUUCUACUAAAAUGUCCCAUCUUAAGGACAGAGAUUUAAUACAGGUCCGGCGUCCUCUGAAGAGGCUACGCGAGCAUCCCCCCCACAGUGACAAUCUGUCAGGACAUGACGGUGAAUCGCCACAGGGUUCGCCAAAGAAACAACCAUGUAAAUCCUUGGAGGAGGAAACAGAAAAUCUGUAUCCUGAACCCAGCUUUGUAUCCAAGAAAUUUCGUUCCCAGGAGCAGGGGAUCAAGCCAGACACUCCGGUGGUUGCAUCGGUGAAGUCGCGGCUUCAAAGGCUUGCCGAGCAGAGGAAGGACUGGGAUUCUGAUGAACUGCUCCCUGAUAUUGCACUAAGUAAUGCACAAGCUUCUCUGGUGAAGAAUGAACAGUCUGGAGCACUGACCAGCCGCUCCUGGAGGGAUGGAUUGGCCAGAGCCCCUAUUAGGAAUUUCCGGGAUAAGAUGACCGAAACUGCCCAGAUUGUGGCUGGCUGUGAAGUUAGUCGUGAACUGGAAGGUGUGAUGUCUGCUGGCUCGAUGAUGAAAACUAUCCCUCCUGCAGUGGCUUUGACUGCUGCCAAUGCUGUGCAGUCUGUCCGAGGGAAGUUUGAAGAGAUGAAUCGUGAGAGAGAAGCCUAUGAAGAAAGUGCAAUCUGCCCCAAGAUUGUGGCUGUGACCACAAAUACAAAGGCCAUUCAGGACCAGCUGCUCCGGCAGUCCACUCCCAGUGCGUCUCACGCUCUCCGCAUCAAAAAGGAAAGGGAGAAGGAGCUUUCAAUGAUUCGGGGAAAAACUGAAGAGAAGAAUCUGUGGAUGGAGAAGAAAAAAAGCACCAAAUCCUGCAAGAGCAUAGAACUCAAGGAUGCUAUAGUGGGUGUUGAUCAACCGCUGGUGAAAGGAUUGGUACAUCAGGAAGAAUUGGGGCAGGCAGACAUGUAUCCGGACACAAUUGUGGCUGGUGAUAUUUGCGACAGCUCUGAGCAAAGUGAAAAGCAUGAAGACCCUCUUACAAUUACCAGCGAUGCAGAUGAUUUCAAAGGAGAGGAGCCUCUGACUUGGUCUACUCCUGUCAGAAAGGUGACUUUUGCGUUAGAACCAUCAACCAUUCCAUCUCUCGAAUAUGUAGAAACUGAAAGUGAGCAUGAGUACAUCACUGAGACUGAUAUUGAGUCCAGCUCACAAGAAACUUUGAAUAACUCAGAAAUCAUCGAUAAACUAUUUGAGGGCGUGUUUAACGCAGUGGAGGGCGAAGAGGAAGAGGAAGUGCAGGAGAAAGAGUUAGUGAAGGUAGAGGAAGCAAAGGUUGAGGAGGAGGAAGCAAUGAAAGUGGAUGAAGGAGAGCCUGAGGAUCAGGAGGGAGCUGAGUUGGUCUCGCUGGAAGCCAAGGCUGUGGAACAAAGUGAGGAUGAAAAGGUGGAGCUGAAAUCUGAGGCAAAACAUCCAGAGGAGGCAGAUGGACUCUCUCUUCCCCAUACAUCUUUGUCUCCACUUGUUACAUCCGUCAACUUAGACUCUGCAACUCCUUUGGGUGAAGUCCUUUCCUCAUUAAACAAGUUAACUGACUCUACCUGCUCACUCUUUGCGUCUCUAAAAUCGGACGCUCCUGAAGAGGAGAAGAAAGCAGCAGCUUCCAGUCCUCCAACAGUCUUAGAGAGUGAACCAUUUUACAGUAUUGAUGUGUACAGAACUCAGCGACGAAACAGUAAGCAAUGGGCAAGUGUAAAACCGGGAGAAAGAAACCAAUGCAAUCGGGAUCCAGUGGGAAGAGCUCACCAGGCAGCUCAGCAAGUAGCCACUAAAGACAAAGUAAAGAUGUUUAAUGAUGAGAUUAACAAACUGCACAACAUCAUGCAUCAAGCCAGCCAAGCACUGAACUGCUGCAUCGAUCAGGAACAUGGGAAAGGCUCACAGGAGGAGGCCGAGGCUGAGCGUCAUCUUCUUAUUGCUUCUGAGAAGCGUGCCUCUUUACUGGCUGAGCUGAACCGGCUGAAAGGAGAAAGCAGUUCAUUGUGUGGAGAUGGGACCAGCCAACCAAGAGAGGGACUUGUACCGUGUCAGGGCACUGUGUCCAUCUCUGACCUCCGUCUUCCACUGAAAGCAGAUUUUGUGUGUUCAGCACUAUCAAAGCAAGAAAAACCCAGUCACUAUUUCCUGCUGAUGAUCCGAUAUGGACCACACAAUAUUGUGGCUUCUCCACUAGCAACAGCGGAGAAUGCCCAGAAUGGUGACACGAUUCCUUUCCCUACGAGUAUCACACUGUAUGAUAUCCACCAUGCGUUUGAAAUCGAUGUGGAAGUGUACAGCCUGACUCACACUGCGAAUAUAACCAUUCCUGAAAAGAGAAGAGGGUCACGAUCGAGCUCAAGAUCAAGAUCUAAGGCAUUGACCCCGAAGAAGCUGUUAACCUCAAUUACUAGAUCCAGUGUACAUUCACCAGCUAUAAGUCCUGCUGUUCGGAAUUCUGUACGGGCUAGUAACUUCGUUUUGGUUGGUUCGCACAAAAUCACUCUAGCCUCUUUGGGCAAGAAGAAAUUUCCCCUGGAUAAAAUGAAGUUUGAUGGAAAAGUCAGGCAACUACUUGGAGAUGAGUUUCAGGACAAGGUUCCAUUCUUAUCUCCUCUGGAAGGCAAUAUCUACUUGAAACUUGAGUGUCAGAUGCAUUCCACUGUGGAGCACUCUGGAUUUCUGACUAUGUUUGAAGAUGUCAGCGGAUUUGGUGCCUGGCAUCGUCGCUGGUUUGUCCUGUCUGGGAACAAGCUUUCCUAUUGGAUGUACCCAGAUGAAGAGAAAUUCAAGAUGCCUGUUGGUUUAAUUAACCUGACCAACUGUACCAAUGACCAGAUUGAACCUGCCAGCCGUGAGUUCUGUUCUCGAUCAAAAACGUUGGAACUGAUUACAGCGCGGCCACAGUGUAAAGAUGACCACGAAACCCUUAUUGUUCAGUGCAGAAACAACCUCUGCUUUACCAAGAACUGGCUGUCUGCUGAUACAAAAGAAGAAAGAAACUUGUGGAUGGAGAAGUUCAAUCAGAGUCUAAUAGACCUGAAGACGUGGCAGCCAACUUCAUGUGAUACAGCUAAUCUGUACCUGGGGACUGAGGCUGUGAAAGAGAGCAAAUGCUAGCUAAAA